ACUCUGAGUUCCAGUAAAGUCAGAGAGGAGUUGGGCUGGGACACUCACUUUGGGUCACAGUGACUCCAAGCUCUUGAGUCCCCUUUCCUAUCUCUAUCUCACAACUUUGACCUCAGGCAAAGACCCCACAUUUUGGUCUCAUCAUGUCGAGUGCUCCUGCCCUGAUGCAGGGCAUGUACCAGGAUUUGUCCUGCCCACUCUGUCUCAAGCUCUUUGAUGCACCCAUCACAGCUGAGUGCGGCCACAGCUUCUGCCGUAACUGCCUGCUUCGCCUGGCCUCAGAUCCUCAGGCUGGGACCGUGCUCUGCCCUUCUUGCCAGGCACCCACAAAACCUGAUGGGCUUAGUACCAACCAACAGCUGGCACGGUUAGUGGAGAGCCUGGCUCAGGUGCCACAGGGCCAUUGUGAGGAACAUCUGGACCCCCUGAGUGUCUACUGUGAGCAGGACCGAGCACUGAUAUGUGGAGUCUGUGCCAGUCUGGGCAAGCAUCGAGGUCACAGUGUGGUCACUGCUGCUGAAGCCCACCAAAGAAUGAAGAAACAGCUCCCACAACAGAGGCUGCAGCUACAGGAGGCCUGCAUGCGCAAAGAAAAAACGGUGGCCCUAUUGGAUCGGCAACUGGCUGAGGUAGAGGAGACAGUACGACAGUUCCAGAGGGCUGUGACAGAGCAGCUUGGUGUGUUUAGAGCCUUUCUGAAAGCAUUGGAAUCUUCACUGGGCAAAGAGGCAGAGCGAGUGACUGAAGAGGCAGGGACAGCCCUAAAGGCUGAACGCAGAAUUGUCACUUCCUACCUUGAUCAACUUCAGCAGAUGGAGAAGGUGUUGGAUGAAGUCACUGAUCAGCCCCAAACAGAAUUCCUGAGGAAAUAUUGUCUGGUGAUCAGCAGGUUGCAGAAGAUUCUAGCAGAGUCCCCCCCAGCUGCUAGAUUGGACAUCCAGCUACCCAUUAUUUCUGAUGACUUCAAAUUCCAGGUCUGGAGGAAAAUGUUCCGAGCCUUGAUGCCAGCCCCGGGAGGUUUCACCUUUGAUCCAGCCACUGCCCAUCCCAGCCUGCUAGUAUCCCCAUCGGGCCGGCGGGUGGAGUGCGUGGAGCAGAAAGCUCCGCCAGCGGGGGAUGACCCGCAGCAAUUUGACAAAGCGGUGGCCCUGGUGGCCAAGCAGCAAUUGUCGGAGGGGGAGCAUUACUGGGAGGUAGAGGUGGGCGACAAACCCCGCUGGGGACUAGGGCUGAUCUCCGCCGAGGUCAGCCGUCGGGGGAAGCUGCACCCCGUCCCCUCGCAGGGCAUCUGGAUGCUGGGGUUGCGAGAAGGGAAAGUGUAUGAGGCCCAUGUGGAGAGCAAGGAUCCCAAGGCGCUCCAGGUGGAAGGGCGACCUUCGAGGAUUGGCCUUUAUCUCAGCUUCCGGGACGGGAUCUUCAGUUUCUAUGAUUGUAGCGAUCCCGACAACCUGGUCCCUCUCCACUCCUUUCACGAGCGCCUUCCUGGCCCCGUCUACCCUUUCUUCGAUGUCUGCUGGCACGACAAGGGCAAGAAUAUACAGCCCCUGCUGCUGCUGGGACCAGACGGGGAGUAGUGAGGGCCACAGUCUGCCAAUCAGUAAGCAUUUUAUUCAGUACUUACUGUGUGCUAAGCAGCAUAAAGUAGCAGUGAGUGAGCGGUUCUAAGGUUUGAAGUCCUGGCCAAUAAAGAGACCCAAGUUUGUGACUUGU